CACGACAGACGCCAUUUUGCCUAAACCAGACCGCGGUUGCAACGGAGUGUACCACUCUUAACCCAAAACCCAUUUUUUUCCCUUACAAGAACCUGGUAAUUUACGCUAUUUCUACCUAUUAUGUUUGGUAGUUGUACAUGUUGAUGCCAUAUACUGGAUGUGGGUGCCACUGUUUUAGUUAAUAUAACCAAAGUAAAGGUGGUCAGAAAUUGUGUAAGUACUAGGCCUCUGUUUCCGAGCACCGACAAAAAUGGUUUAUACCUCCUAACAUUUAAAUUUCUUCUUUAAUAUUCUUUGUUGUGUUAGUCAUAAACAGUAGUGGCUGCCAAGCAGUAAUUUAAUAAAAAUAUGUGCUGACUUGGUUAUCCUUCGACUACAGUAGUGACUUUUAAACGGCGCCAAGGUUCGUUUAUGUGUUUUUUGUUUUGUUUUUUGUUGCAACAUACACGUCGCCAUUAAAGUCUGCGUCUGGAAAUAACCAAACAAGUAGGUAAGAAUCGCCCCUUGACAAUUGCUGUUAAUGGGUUUUCAGUGGCUUCUCAUUUCUGAAACAGCUAUGUGUUACGUAAAUGUGAAUUUGACAGGUUAUCACCGAGGCUAUCCAACUACUAACCAGUAUUCAAUGUGAAUUGUUUGCAUGUUGACAUAUUCUGAAUUUGUACACUUAAUUUCGAUGUCAUUCAAGGUUGAAGCUAAGCUCUUCUUUCAGUGUACUUUUAUAGCUACAUUUGGGGUUACUCUCAUUAAAAGUGUAAUCAUGUCUCGAUAAUAAAAUAAUAAUUGAAGUGUGGGGAUGUAACAAAAGUUACAUGUUUUCAUCAUGUUGUGCCUUAUAUGUAUUAUAAUGAAUUUGUCCAAUAACGACCCUUUUCAGUCCCAUGGGGAGUGUUUUUUUAUUGAUUUUUGUAGGUUUAAAUCCAUCCUCUGGCCCUUUGCUGGGAUCCCUGGAUACGGCUAGCAUACCUGUCUUUGAGAAUACAUGGGCAGAAGACAUGUUUUUCCAGUCAGCUUUGGGUGUGACCAUCACCCAUUUUGUCACGCCAUUUUCCCUCAAUCAUCAGUCAAAGUAUCAAAAUUUCACCCUGACCCAAGAAGAGUUGUUUUUUCCACCCACCAGUCUACACUUGUGCCCUUUUUGCAACCUGAGUUUUAACCUUUUUUUGUCCACCCCCAAACUACAAGUGCCCCUUUUGCUUAAAGUUAUGCCAAUCAUUAAAAAAAAAAGUAAAUAAAUAACGAAAAAGGACUUGAAUCCACCAUCGGUAAUGUUAAGCAGUCUGGCAGAGAUAAGUGCUCUGGGCGACCCACCCUCCCAUUUCCCUCUUAUCUCAUGGAUCAAGUGUUCCUCCAGGACUUCAUAUUGAAACAAGGACACCCCGUCAACCUGCAAAAGAGGAAGAAAGUAUACAGCUGUAGCCACCUCAGGGUGUCCUGUUGGCCAAGAAGACAACCAGGGGCUGGGUCCGACGGUCGUAAUCUAAUUGACACCAAUCAAACUCAGACCAGCCUCGCUAUGACUAACCAUGGAGAUGACUGCUACUUCUUUUACUAUUCGACCUGCACUAAAGGAGACAGCUGCCCUUUCAGGCACUGUGAAGCAGCGAUGGGCAACGAGACUGUCUGCAAUCUCUGGCAGGAGGGACGUUGCUUCCGAAAUGUCUGCAAAUUUCGCCACAUGGAGAUCACAAAAAAACGGAAGGAAAUACCAUGUUACUGGGAGAAGCAUCCAGCCGGCUGUCAGAAACCACACUGUGCCUUUUUCCAUGAAAAGCCGCGCUAUGUCGUCGGCGUGGUUAUCCCGCCAGACAUAGGUCACAGUGAGACUGAGGAACAACCGCAUGAAGAGCCACCCCCCCUGCCGGCCACACCUCUCCCCACUGCGGCUAACCUGCAGCUGAGAGGUGUCAUAAAAACAGAAAGCCAGGAACCAGUGCCGAGCCCUACUCAUCCACCGGUGGUGAUUAACCCAGCAGAUGACGACGAGGAUGAAGAUGACCAGUUCUCAGAGGAGGGAGACGGUGUCCCAUCCCCACGGAAGCGACCCAAGUCUGCAGAUGAUUCGCACAAAUUUGGAGUGAGCACCCUGGAGGAGAUCCGACUGAGAAGGGCCCUAAAAGCGAGCAUGAAUCGGGCUGCUGUUCCCGCUGAGAGUGCUGAUAUUUCUGUCAAUUCUGCAGAUGAUUCGCACAACUUUGGAGUGAGCAGCCUGGAGGAGAUCCGACUGAGAAGGGCCCUAAAAGCGAGCAUGAAUCGAACUGCUGUUCCUGCUGAGAGUGCUGAUGUGUCUGUCAAUGGCGAGAAGGAGAACACCCAGGCUUUCCAGACAACCUUUAACACGUCAGAUGACGCCAAGCUUGUUAUGGAAGAAUCCUUGAGACCAAGAGGCAAUGUGGCUGACAGACUUGGGAGACUGAGGCCCUGUGUGAAAAGUGGAGGUCCUCUGAAAUACAGUCUAGCAAUGCGUUUGGGUCGGUUUGUGAACGAAGAAGAGGCGCACGUACCCCCUCAAAAAGCUAUGCGGUCGAUUAAGGAAAGACUCACCUUGCCUGCUGGUCCUGUUGAAGGCAGUCAAGCAGAUGAGAGCAGCACACAAUCGCAGAGCACAACUCAGCAGAUUUGUAUCAAAACUCUGGAAGAGAUAAGACUAGAAAAGGCCGCAAAGUCUCAGAGCCAGAAAGAUUGUCCUCCUGUAAACACAGAAAUUACUGUAACAAAGACGGUCCCCAAACAAUCCUUCAAGGCUGCAAAAAGAAUGAUUUUUGUCAAAGAACAUACUAUUGACGACGGCAAAAACCUUUCUGAUGCCCUCCACUCUAAGAAAAGCAAAGCGGACCAGCAGAACCCCAAUAUAAAGAAGUUCAAGCAAACAGCUGAGAGAGCCCCAGGCAAAUGUCAGGAAGAGUCUGAUGCAGCGGAGCCGGUCUCCGGUGCCACAAAAGCAGGGGAGAUUAGGGUGAAGACCUUGGAGGAGAUACGCAGGGAGAAGGCAGCCCGACUUCAAGAAGAUCAAGUUAAGAGUUCCGAUGGGGAGGAGAAGAAGCACAGUUUGUUGCCAAACAACAAACUGGCUACUCAGAUUGAAGUCAAAGCAGACAAGAGUGUUGAUGUGAAUAAAACAAGCAAAGUUCAAGUUGCCCCGGAGACCCUUUCCAAGAAUAACGUCAAGGUCAAAACCUUUGAGGAGAUUAUGAGAGAAAAACAUCUCCGCAAGCAGGAAAUGGCAGAGCAGGCUUCCACCACCCAGCAGGCCAGCGCUCCCCCUGAAACGGAGCCCUCACCCAAACCAUCAGCGAGUACCUUAAAGAGGAAGAUUCUCACCAAAGUCUGUCAUUCACCACCACGGACUUCCCCUCUUGACGCUAAUGAUGUUCCACCCACCCAGAAUGUCCUUGUUCGCAAGCUGAAAACUGUCAAAUCCAAGGCGUUUCUAAACAACACAGCUGUGAUCUCAGUUCCGAUAAGUACCUCAACCCCUCAGAACGACGCUCACGCACCAAGUCACAGCGGUUCCAGCAACGUCCAAGAGAAAAACACAACUUCACCUUCCUCGGCCAAGCAGUUAACUCCAGAAAGACUCCAGAGUCCAACACCUGAUAAAACACACACCAAAGUGAGGCCUAAACUGAAUGUGAAGCCGUCUGUCAUGAAACCUGCACUGCAAGUGCAUGCCGGCAAGAAAAGGAAGGGAGCAGAGCGAUCUGCUGUGGCUGCAGUUAAACCUCUCAACAGUGCCUCCAUAGCGCUGGACCAACCACCGCAGCAGACAGCUAGUUUGCAGGUGUUGUCGAACUCCAUCGAAGAAGCUGAGCUGAGAUCUCCGGUCUCCUGUUGUCCCAGCACGCUGCAGUCCAGCUCCAGUGAGGAUCUCCAGAGCAUUCCUGGUGUUAAACACAGUCCGAGACAAGAACCUAAGCUGUCUACCACAGAGAGUCCACUUCCUCAAAGCUCUGUGCUGAAGACCACACCUCAAAGUAAAUCACGUCGCCAGAGUGUGGCAGGGUCACGCUACUCAACCUCAGCUGCAGACGACUUUGAGGAGCUGAUCAACGAAUUCACAGACGAUCACCUAGAAGGAGAUGUGGACCCCGGCAUUGGGGAGGACGAUCUACUGCAGGAACUGUCAGACAUGAUUGACAGCUGAGGGCUCUUGUCCGUCAAAGUAAAUGCCCUAUACCUCAGGGGUGUCCAAAGUGCGGCCCGUAGCUCUUUUUUUUUUUUUUUUUUUUUGGUUCUCGGCAUAUUGUGAAAAUAAAAUAAAUGGAUUAUUGAUAAGAUAUGUUAUUAGAUAUGACACUCAUUGGCAUUGUCACCUGUAACACAAAGCUAAGAUGUGGAUGUUUUGUUCAGAUAGCUUAGCAUAUUUGACAUACAUUGGAUUGCUUUUAGCGUCUUUAAAACACAAUGUAUCCAAAAAAAGAAGUUUUUAAUAUUUCCUGCCAUCUUAUCUUAAAGUUCUUCAGCAUUUUUUUGUUCCCGGUGAUAAGGAGCCUUUUGUCCUGCUUAUGGGAACAUUUUCUCAGGGCCCUGUUAAGAACUUUUAAAUGUUGGAUAAACGAGACGAACCCAAUAGGAAAGAAAAGAAAUGUGUGUACUGUGUAUGCAAUGAGAAAAGCAGCAGAAAAUGCUACACUUACUCCUGCUGCCCCUUUCUGCUUCUGCUUUUGCUUUUGUUUUCAAAUGUGAUAUUCAACCUUAGCUGCUCAGAUGACAUUAAAAUCCCUCACUGGCGCAAUGAUGUUAAAAAGACAGCAAAGGAAACAGUUGAAAUUGAGAGUGCAGAAUGUUUUCAUGAGCAUUGGCAGUAGUUUUAUUCAGUGGGUUUAAUGUAAAACCACUUGGAGGCAUUACUGAGAAAUAUUUCAACACUGCGGUCCCCCCACCCUCCUGCUUUAGUGUGAUGUACUGUGUCGUCUUAUGUGUGAACACUUUUCCACAAGCUCACUGUUCAAAGUGACCAAAGGACUGUAAAUAAAAAUGAUUUUACAUGUC